AUGCCGGGUUUAGCGGGAGCUCUCGUUGACUAUUGGUAUGAUUUUAGUUAUUUCAUCAAAAACUUAUCAAAAGAUGAUAUCAUCGCAAUUUGUAGCGAGUAUUAUGAAAGUGUUUACAACUUCUGUGCUGAUAUGAACUAUGAAAUUGCCAAUGACUUCCUUUUCAUGACAAAGCAUUUCCCAAUUUUCAUGAUUCCACAGAUUAUAUACACAUGCAUUCUUGUUAAAAGGAUGAAAAUAGGCUGGACAUGGUGGAAGAAUUUCUUAACUUCAUUUUUCGUUAUUUUCUCCGGACGUAACUUAUACGCUUUAUUUGUUGGUCGUCAGUUACCUCUUCUCGAAAGCCCUGCUUAUACAUUCACCUUCUUACUUUGCUGGUUAUUGAUCAACGUAGGUCCAUAUGAUAUAUUCUAUAAUAUUUUCAACCUCGGUAUAUUCCAUAUCAUAUUCCAGAUGUUUGCGGUCAUUAUCAAUUGCCGUGAAACAACACAUGGUGUUGAUCUUGGCACCCGCAGCUUCCCAUCUUCACAUGCAGGUAUAAUCUUUGUCGCUUUAGUUCUUUCAAGUUCAGAGAUCGUAAUUUGGAAUCUUUCAAUGCCAGAAACAAGAAUUUACUCAAUUUUCCAAAUUUUACUUAACUUAAUAUGGGCAAUCAUCUACGAUCUCAACAAGUCUAACCUCCUCUUCUCAGACGAAGAAAACCACUCAGAUCAGCUCAAAAUUUGGGCUCUUGGAGUUUAUUGCGCUUUAAGACUUAUUGACAUUGUUGUAUUCCAAUUAAAGAACCAUCUCGGAUUGGGAAUGUUAUUUACAAAGCUGUUCAACUUCUUACCAUAUCAUGGCAAUGACGAAUCUUGGAAAUAA